AUGGAGAAGUACUUUUUUAAAGUAUCAAAUUCAAGUUCUAUUACUCAGAAUCAACCUAACUGGGAAGAAAAUGCUAAUCAUUUGGAAGUACCAUCAUACUCUUCUCAAGAAUUUGAUUUAAGUUCUUUAAAGGCAGAUCCAGAUAAGCACGGGUAUCAGAUCCGCUUAGCAGUUUCAAUUGAUGUAGUAAGACUUCUUGUGAAACAAGGCUUGGCAUUUCGAGGUCAUGAUGAAUCUAAAUUAUCACUUAACAGAGGUAAUUUUCUUGAGAUUCUUUCAUUUUAUGCCCAAAAGUGUGAUGAAGUUCGUAAGUUUGUAUUAGAAAAUGCUCCUCAAAAUGACCAAAUGACUUGUCCAAAAAUUCAAAAAGAUAUUGUAAUUGCUUGCAAGAUUGAAACAAUUAAGGGCAUCAUAAAGGAACUAAAUGGUGAUUAUUUUUCCUUAUUGGUUGAUGAAUCUUUUGAUGUUUCACGCAAGGAGCAAAUGACGGUUGUUUUACGAUAUGUUGAUAGAAGAGGAUUUGUGAUGGAGAGACUUCUUGACAUUGUUCAUGUUAAAAAUACUAGUGCUUUAUCUCUAAAAGAAGCAAUUGUCAAUUUACUUUCUCAACAUUCCUUGAGUCUAUCUUAUGUGUGUGGACAAUGCUAUAAUGGAGCAAGUAAUAUGCAAGGUGAUAUCAAUGGCCUUAAGAUGUUGAUUAAGAAAGAAAGUAGAUCGGCUUAUUCCAUACAUUGUUUUGCUCAUCAACUUCAAUUAACUCUUGUUGGUGUUUCUAAAAGAUGUCUUCAAGUUGGAGAACUUGUUCAUUUGGUUUCAAAUAUUUUUAAUGUUUUGGCGGCUUCUUAUAAACGUAUGGAUGAUUAUCGAGAAUCUCAGGAAAAAAUAAUUCAAAAAGCUUUUGAUAUGGGUGAGCUUAAAACGGGUAGAGGCUUGCAUCAAGAAAUUGGUAUUUCUAGAGCUUGCGAUACUCGUUGA